GAGGUGGCCGGGAGGGAGACAGGCGGUGACGGCAGCCCGCUUCUCUCUCACUCACACACCCCCCCCACACGGGUCGUCCACCUUACAUACCCGCGCUUUAUAGUGUCGGGUAGUGGUCGUACCCGCUCGCUGUCGCGGAGCUGCUCGAUUGGCAGCCCUGGGAACGACGCUCUGGGAGAUACACCAUUGUACAGUGCAUUUGGCCGGGGAAAUUCUAUGUAUGUGAAGGAAUACAGAAGUGUUUGUGUACAGUGAUCUCGUUGUUCAGACGUGUGUGGAAAGUUUGUGACACGCGAAUCCAUUUGUUAAAGCCAGUUUGAGUGAGCAGCAAACGAAGACGUUACGUUACGUGUUAGAAGAAUUAACUGGAAAAAGUUCUUGGUCCAGUACAAGGGGUCGAUAUGAUGAGCGCGGAUCAUCAUGGGCACCAGGAGUAGCAACCGUAACAUCACGGGUAUGCUAGCGGACGUUCCAGCAACAUCUGUAACAUUACGUGUGUGUUAGCGAACGUUCCAGCAACAUCUGUGACAUUACGUGUGGGCUAGCGGACGUUCCAGCAACAUUUGUUACAUUACGUGUGUGUUAGCGGACGUUCCAGCAACAUCUGUGACAUUACAUGUGUGCUAGCGAACGUUCCAGCAACAUCUGUAACGUUACGUGUGGGCUAGCGGACGUUCCAGCAACAUCUGUAACAUUACAUGUGCUAGAGAACGUUCCAGCAACGUUUGUCACAUUACGUGUGAGCUAGCGAACGUUCCAGCAUCAUUCAUGACAUUACAAAUGUUGUAGUGGACGUUCCAGCAACAUUCAUGACAUUACAAAUGUUGUAGCGGACGUUCCAGCAACAUUCAUGACAUUACAAAUGUUGUAGCGAACGUUCCAGCAACAUUCAUGACACGAGUGUGUUAGCGGACAUUCUUGCAGCAACCAUGAUGUUACAUCUGUGCUAGCGGACAUUCCCAGCACCAACCGGGAUGUUAUCUGUGUGUUAAGUGGAUGUUCCAGCAACAUCUGUGACGUUACGUGUGUGCUGGCGGACGUUUCAGCGCCGAGUGGCGUACACCCGUGAACUAUGAGGGACACAACAGGCUGGACAAUCUGGUGACCGCUGCUUUGCAACUUUUUUUUUUUGUAUUCCUUGGAAGCGGUGAUCGGCCACACUCUAGCUACCGUCGGAGGGCGGAGGCUACCCACCUCCUCCCCAUCAGCCCCUACUGGAGAUAGGAGGCUACCCACCUCCUGGGCUCCGCCAGCUCUGAUACCCUCCUCUCAGAGCGUCGGGCCUCGUCUCUCCCAACGGCGUGAGGCUUCCUCGUUCGUAUCCCCCACCCACGGUCCUCUUGCUUGGCUUCUUCCUCCUUCUCUCUCUCCCUUUAUCCUGUCCCUCUUGUUUACCCAAGUUUUUAUCAGCUUGACCUGAUUUUUCCAGCUUUUGUUUUUGCGUAAGCUUUUUUUUUUAAUACCCCCUACGCUUGGUCUUUUGCUUCUUAUCUCUGUCUUUUAUACGUUAUUUCGUUCGUUUAUUCACGUCUUAUCUCCUCUGCUUAUUGUUUUCUUCCUACAUCCUUAUUCCUUGUUGCUGGCCAUGUCCCUUCUUGUCCCCGUGUGAGAAUAGAAGCUACCGCCUUCACUCAUUGUGGUUCCCAAGUUCUGUCUACUUCUUCUGCCUGGUGAGGACCUCCCUUCCUCCUUCCUCAUCUCUUAGUCUCUCUCAUCUGUGGUCCUGACGCUUUUUCUUCCAUGUUUCUCAUCGAGUUGAAAUUGAAUGGCAUAAAAUCCGUAGCGAGAGCUCAAUCCUCCCCGUGUGUUGAGUUGUGUAAAUCUCUCUGGCCUGUGAGCCGCUGCUAACUUGCCUACCACCCACCCCACUCUCCCCCUCGCUGUGAGCCGCUGCUAACUUGCCUACCACCCACCCCACUCUUUCCCUCGCUGUGAGCCGCUGCUAACUUGCCUACCACCCACCCCACUCUCCCCCUCGCAUGUCAACCUUUGUCUUCCAUUCGCUCCGUGUAGCUAGCUAACCCUGUAAACGUUUGUCUUAAACGUUGGUGCUCUCUCUCUCUCUCUCUCUCGCCACGUGUUCCCCCUCCGCUCUCCCCCAAAUCAUCAACAUGACUACUAACAAGAAGGAAUGCCGGCCCAUGACCAUCGCGCAGAUCAGGGAUUCGGACAAGGUCAACAAAGUAUUUGGAGCUGACGAGAAUGACAGUGGGAUCGGCGUGUGUGGCUGGAUCCUCACAGCACUCUCAUGGAUGCUGGUCCUGGCAACCAUGCCCUUCUCCUUCUUCGUCUGCUUCAAGGUUGUGCAGGAGUACGAGAGAGCCGUCAUCUUCAGACUGGGAAGAUUACUUCAGGGAGGCUCCAGAGGGCCAGGUAUCUUCUUCAUCUUGCCCUGCAUUGAGUCCUACUCGAAAGUGGACUUGAGGACAAGUGUUUUUGACGUUCCGCCACAAGAGGUGCUGACGAAGGACUCUGUGACCGUGAGUGUGGACGCCGUGGUGUACUACAGGGUGAGCAACGCCACCGUGAGUGUGGCUAAUGUGGAGAACGCCCAUCACUCCACUAGGCUGCUCGCUCAGACCACGCUUAGGAACAUGCUGGGUACUAAGAAUCUCCACGAGAUCCUCGGAGAUCGGGAGUCUAUCUCCUGCGACAUGCAGAACUCCCUGGAUGACGCCACCGACAACUGGGGUAUCAAGGUAGAGCGAGUCGAGAUAAAAGACGUCCGACUGCCCGUCCAACUGCAGCGAGCCAUGGCGGCAGAGGCUGAGGCGGCGAGGGAAGCCAGAGCCAAGGUGAUUGCCGCAGAGGGAGAGCAGAAGGCUUCCCGCGCCCUGAAAGAGGCUGCAGAAGUAAUCUCCCUGGCCCCGGCGGCCCUCCAACUCCGGUACCUUCAGACACUGAACACAAUUUCUGCCGAGAAAAAUUCGACUAUCAUCUUCCCCUUGCCGAUUGACUUCUUACGUCACUUCAUGGGCAACGACAAGGAGUGACCGACUAUCAACACUCACCAGCCGUUUCCUCAAUGC